ACAAAAUGAGUAGAUUAAUAAUCAUUCUUGAGUUUUUUUAUAGAAACAAAAAAAUGACAUUUUCCCAUUUGAGUUUGAAGUCCACAUGUGGAUUCCUGAUGAUGAACUUGCAAAAUUCUUUCCAAACAUCGCACAUUUUGAAUUGGUUCACAUUUAACUGACGUAGGACUACGUAUCCCAUCAUGCCCUUCUGGAUUGCCCAUGCAAAAAGGUUCACUUGAGGUCAGGAGGGAACUACUGAAGUGUUCGUGGCCACUGAAGGACUGUAACAUCCGCACGCACUGCAGCAAUACAAGAACAGGAAGUAUGUACAUAGAAGUUCUAAUUGGUCUGGUGGUUGGAGGAGUGAUCUUCCUGCUAGUGCUUAGAAGAAGAAGCCAUGUUUUGAAAACAGAGGACGGCUGGUGGGGGUUUGGUCCAGUCCCUGAUGGCGAGCAAGACGCCAACAUUUACCCUUUCAAAGUGACCACUAGCGAUGAAGAGCUGGAGGACCUUCACAGAAGAAUAGACCAAACACGUGCAGUUCCGUCACUCGAAGACAGUCAAUUCAAUUAUGGUUUUAAUUUGGAAUACCUUGAGAAGGUUAAAUCUUACUGGAGGAAUGACUUUGACUGGAGGCAACAAGUGGAUAAACUCAACCAGUAUCCUCACUUCAAAACCAAAAUUGAAGGCAUUGAUGUUCACUAUGUGCAUGUGAAACCCAAACGGGUGCCAGAAGGGACCGAUCCUAUUCCUUUAAUAAUGGUUCACGGCUGGCCUGGCUCCUUCUAUGAAUUUUAUAAGACAAUCCCAUUGCUAACAGAGCCAUCGGAACCCCAAAACCUUGUGUUUGAGGUGGUGUGUCCGUCCAUACCAGGCUAUGGCUACUCGGAAGCUCCACAUAAAAAAGGUUUUGAUUCCAUCUGUGCUGCGCGCAUCUUCCACAAACUGAUGAGACGUCUGGGUUUUCAACAGUUCUAUGCUCACGGAGGAGACUGGGGCUGGCUCGUCACCACCAACAUGGCUCAACUGAAACCCAAGACAGUCAAAGGCUUGCAUCUGAACUUUGCACCACCUUGCAAACCUGGGCUGACCAUCAUUUUAUCAAUCCUGCUUGGCCGUCACUUCCCCAAGCUGUUCGGCUUUACCAGCGUGGACCUGGAACGUCUCUACCCAUGCUUUGAAAAAUUAUUUGUGGAGGCCAUCAAGGAGACCGGCUACAUGCACAUCCAGGCCACCAAACCCGACACUGCGGGUCGAGGGCUGAAUGAUUCACCAGUCGGUCUGGCUGCGUACAUACUGGAGAAGUUCUCCACGUGCACAAGUCAAGACUUCAGAAACCUGGAGGAUGGAGGUCUCACCAGGAAGUUCUCUCUGGACGACCUGCUGACUAAUGUGAUGAUCUAUUGGACGUCUGGAUGUAUGAUUCCAUCAAUGAGGUUUUAUAAGGAAAACUUGUCCCGCCUCAACUCUCCCCACAUCAAGAUGCUAGUGUCCGUGCCUACUGGGUUCGCAUGCUUCCCGAAUGAGCUGAUGCACACUCCAAAGCUGUGGGUCCAACAGAAAUUCCAUAACCUUCUCACCUACACAUACAUGGCUCGUGGGGGUCAUUUUGCAGCCAUGGAAGAACCCCAGCUGAUGGUUGAGGACAUUAACAACUUCAUCCAGAAAGUGGAGAAGAUGACAGCACAUUAACGGAUACUCAGAAGAUGAUGUCAAUAUGAAGGAGUGUUUUUAUCUUGCUUUUUCAAUUUUUAAAAAAUUUGCUUGAAUACCCUAUCAACAGUGUCUUUAAAAGCUAAACAAUAAUUGAAGUGUAUAUUUUAUAAUGCAAAAUGGACCCGAAGAGGUGCCAUUCAUUUGUUGUAUGUUUGUGUUAGUUUUUGGGACACCCAUUUGUUAUUGAGAGUUGGUACGCGUCGUCAGAAUUUUUGGGGGUGUUCAAUGUAUUUAUUCAGAUUUAACAUUAUUAGAAGGAGAUACCUAUAGUGAAGAUGAUAAGUAUUUGAACACCCUGCUAUUUUGCAAGUUCCCCCAUUUAGAAAUCAUGGAGGAGUCUGAAAUUUUCAUCGUAGGUGCAUGUCCACUGUGAAAGAGAUCUAUCUAGAAAGAAAAAUCCAGAAAUCACAAUGCAUAAUUUUUUAACAAUUUGUGUGAUGCAGCUGUAAAUAAGUCUUUGAACACCUGUCUAUCAGCUAGAAUUCUGACCCUGAAAGACCUAUUAGUCCACCUAUUAAAAGUCCACCUCCACUCCAUGUAUUAUGCUGAAUCAGAUGCACUUGUUUGAGGUCGAUAGUAGCAUCAAGACACCUGUCCACCCCAUACAAUCAGUAAGACUCAAACUUGUAACAUUGUCAAAACCAAAGAGCUGUCCAAAGACACCAGAGAUGAAAUUGUUCACCUCCUCAAGGCUGGAAAGGGCUACCAAGCAGCUUGGUGAAAAAAGGUCCACUGUUGGAGCAAUCAUUUGAAAAUGGAAGAAGCUAAACCUUACGGUCAAUCUCAACCGGAGUGGUGCCCCAUGUAAGAUAUAUCCUCGUGGGGUUUCAAUAGUCCUAUGAAAGGUGAGGAAACAGUUUGCUGAAGACAUGUCAACAAAGCACAUGGAUUGCUGGAACCAUGUCCUAUGGUCUGAUGAGACGGGCGGGCUUUCUCAUGUACCGUCUUCAGAAGAGGCUUCCUCCUGGGGUGACAGCCAUGCACACCAGUUUGAUGUAGAGUGCGGCGUAUGAACUGAGCACUAAAAGGCUGAGCCCCAACCUCUUCAAUCUCUGCAGCAAUGACAUUUUGGAGGGAAAAUGACAAGCAGUACUCAAUUUGGCCAUUUAGGGAUGUACGUUUUUUCAAAGAGAUGUACUCACUUUUGUUGCCAGGGGUUCCGAUAUUAAUGGCUAUAAAAUAUAUAGAUAUAAAGAUAUAAAUAUCUGCAGAAAUGCGAGGGGUGUACUCACAUUUGUGAUACACUUUAUCUUACUGUCACGUCAGCCACGCGGUGUGUUCAGGUACAGCAUGCAAAACACAUCCGACACAUUAGAACCCGAUUCGUAUGACAGGAAUUUUUAUUAUUAUUAUUACACUGUAUUAUUAUUAUGAUUUUUAUUUAUAAUUAAUGUUUUGCUAUGUGUAAUUGCCAUUUGUAAUAGUACCAGCAGUAUUUAUUAAGGAUUUAGUGUGGGUUUUCUGGCUGUGGAACGAAUUAAUGGAAACAAUGUAUUCUAAAAGGAAAAUCCUGCUCAACAUAAGACUAUUUUGACUUCCAAAUAAGGUCCUGGAAUGAAUUAACUUCAUAUGUAGAAGUACCAAUGUACUGCAAUUUGUUUUUCAAUUGAAAAAAAUCUGCGAUGGGCUGAGGGCGCAAAGUUUGAAGCGCGAUAUAGCGAGGGAUCACUGUAUCUCAAAAACGGUAGCAGCACAAACAAAAACUUUUACAGCACAAACGAAGCAUAAACAAUUGACACUAUUUUGAGCCAUUUUUAAUCAAAAUGGAGGGCGGUUGACCUCAGAUUGACUUAUAAAAGACUUAAUAUCUUAAUAGCAGCAAUGAAUAAAAUGCUUAUUGAGGCUUUUUUUUUUCUUCAGCAGUUAAAGGGUAUGUCAACCCCUGGGGAAAUGUUAAUAUUCCAUCAUCCAUAAACGCAUGCCUUUUGUAUUCAUAUCAUGCCACUUCGUGUAAUUACACACAAGAAAAUGAGAGAAAUUUGGAUCGAUUGUCAAGCUAACACGACCGGCGCCCGAGAUCAGGCAGAUUGUGUCAGAUUGUCAUUACAAGUGAAGAGAGUGCCACCGGCCACUAGGGGGGCAGCGCCUGUCUGCAUCAAUAUAAUUCCUUCUAGUGAGGGGAGAAUUAGGGGUGUUUUGAGCUGUUUAUCCUGUUGCAUUGUGUUCGUCCUGCACAUAUUCCAGGUUCCCUAAUGAAGAAACACCCCUCAUUGUCAAUAAAAGAGAAUUCAGAAUUGACAGUGAGGGGUGUCUCUUCAACAAGAAAAAGGCUCAGUGCAAUUUCGUUUCUAGUUUCAGCGACGAAUCCGACGUAACGAAUGUUCAUCUAAUGGUGACGAGGAGAGUUACGAAGCUUUAAUUGGUGUUUUAGGUUACCAAUUUGAACCCAAACGAACACCAAUGCAGCGUAAUGAAACUCAUUGAGGGGAGCAAUGACACUUAUGAAACAUCGGCAGCAGAUCGUGUGGGAAACACCGAAUGAUUUGUUUUGCAUUUCUUUUUGUGAAGCUGAUACACCGUGACCGCAAAAUAAAGUAAUGUAUAGAAUAAUUAUCAUUUAUUGCGCUAUCUUAGCUUUUCGCUCUGCCAACAGACAGAAAUAUGAAUGGGAUCAGAGGAUUUGUUCUAUAUAUUUUACGAGCGAUAAUUUAUACAGUAGUACAGAGUACUCACUCUGGCCAUUUCGAGCUUGGCUGCUCCCCUCCUUUGCUUAGCCUUAGCCUCCUUUGCCAGUCAUCGUCCUCUUUCUUGAUAUCUCGGGACAUUUAGGUGGCUGCGCGUGUAUGGUGGGCACCGCAUCUUUUAGCAAAACCCGAUUUCACUUGUCCAUAGUUCGAGAAGCUUUCAGGUGGAAAAUGCGCACCACAGAAAACCGUGCCGGAGGCUGGGUCUAGAAAAUUAGCCCUCUUUGCAUGGACGAACUUUACCCAUUGUCUGCUUAGCCCAGCUUUUUUUUUCGCAUUCGGGAACUCAUGGAUAAUAUAUUCCGAUAAAUAGCUAUUUGUACACCACAUAGCACAGCAGUUUUGAACCAUUUUAGUGAUGUUUUGGUCAAACAAACCCGAACGCUACUCUCUCGUCGAUAAAAAAAACAAUGGCACCUGGCUCCGCCUCGACUUUCAUUCACUUGUAGUGACAUCCCCGCCCCAUUCGGCUGUUUCCGGAACACUUUCGGAAAUGUUCGUCAUUUUCGAUCUAUUUUCCAUAAUUGCUCAUUAAUGUGAUUGAUUUUUUUGUUAACUUUAUCAAUAUUUGUUAUCUUGGCACAUAACGGUUCUAUUGAUGUCUCACACCCCCUUUGCGUUUUCAUACCCUUUAAAUUAUUGGUUGGGAGAGCAGUAAUACUUUCUUGCAGUUUCCCAACUCUGCUCAAUGACUGAAACUAAUGUGAAUGUAUUGAAACAGUUUGAAAGUGAAAACGUCUCGCGUGUGUUUACUCUUCCCCCUGCUGGUGUUUAUGGUUUCUACCUUCCUCUGAGCCUCCCAUCAGCCUUGCAGGCCAGCAGCUGCAGAUGGAAGGUCAGCGGGCACUUGAUGUUAUUGUGUUGACAGCACAGAGAAGGCACCAGUCAUUCCUCCCGAUAGCACACCAGUCCAUGAUGCUUUAUUGUUGCAAUACUUAGAAUACGUCAAUACCUACUAUCAAGAACAAACUGACAUUUUGUCACAAUAUAAGCUUUUGAAUUCACUUCAUUUUUUCAGUCACCUCUUCAAAUCAAUCUCAUUGUUUGAACAAGUCAACACAUUUUGGAUUGAUGUAGUUCCUUUUUAUUUAUUCUGUUUUAUUCUUUUGACUUGCUUGGAUCUGGAAUGGCCACCAUUAAAGGUACAUAUUCAAUGUACAAUUAUAUAAAUCAACAUGUAACAAAUAUUUCUGUGUACUACAGUGUUUACCAGUAUUGAAGUGAUCUGUAUGUGUUUAAUCUGAACUAAUAAAAA